UUGGCAGCCAUGGCUCCGAUCGAACAAGCAACUCUUCGCCCCAUCGUCUACUACGAGUUCCUCCAAGGACACUCUGCGAGAGCCGCCGCGGACAACAUCUGCGCUGCAUUCAAGGGCAACGUCGUCCACUAUUCCACGGCUGUAGAUAGUUCCGAAUACUUUACUGAAAUGGGAGUCAAGCGGAGGAAGCAACAUCUAGGAAGAGAUCGGAAUGACGGUGACAAUCGUCGAGACCCGAAUGUCGCCCCUGAUCCUCCCCAACUUGCCCCAGGAAAGUUGCUUAAAGGUCGGCUCAAAAAGGGCAAGAGUAAAAGCAGCCCUGCGUUUUUAGCCAAUUUACUCAAAGUUGGCGGAGCGUCUGCUGUCGUCGUUGUAGGUCUCUACCUAGCCAUACAAGGCUAUAUGGAAACCAGAGUGAACACCCCCUUUAAAUCAGAAAAGGUUACUGUUCGGGAAGGAUUGGAAGUUCCUGAAAGAUUCUGGGGAACUUAUCGUCCAGGAACCUACUUUGGAAUGAAGACUCGUACUCCUGGCUCUCUUGUUGUGGGACUGAUGUGGCUAUCUGAAGACAAUAUAAAGACCUAUGAACUUCCUCCAUUACGACCUCCCUAUGGUAUCUCCUCAUUUGCUAGGCAUUGGUGUCAGGUUGGAGAGGAUGUACGUGCAAAUUGGGAAUAUCAUGAUGGAUCAACUUUUGGAACUCAGAUACUCUAUGACAAGACAUUCAACAUCCGUGUGACAUUUGUAAAAGAAAUUGGUGGACGUCAUGGAGGAGACUGGACUUUUCAACUUGAAGUGGAACCAAAGGUAUAUUUUCAUGUUCCUUGUCAGCCAUACCAGUUAUUCUUUGCUUUUCUAGUCAACAUUAGUGAGGAUGACAGCCCCUCAAUAAUAUCUUUGCAGAAGCCAUUAUUUGAAUUUAUGUUUAAUUUUAUAUAUGAUGCUGAACAGAAUAUCAGCUACAUCCCCCCUAUCUUUCACCAGGUGGAACACCUGACCAGUUUGACCCAUAUCUUCAUAUACAUCACCUUUGAGGAGGAAAGCACAGGAUGGAUAGAGCCAGUAUUUGAUUCAGGAAAGUCUUCUUUGAAGGGUGUUGUAGGUAGUACCCCUUACUUGGGUAAUUUUGACAUUGAAUUUGAGCACAUCUCUGGGGCUGUCAUAGAUACCUACUUUCUAAGAACUGCCUCUUUAGGCAUUGAAAGAGUUCAUGAUGUUGUAAAGCAGUCUUUGGUACGAGUAGGUCAACGUUCUGUGUAUGCCUUGAUUGGAGAACAAUUGGUGCCAAAUCAUGAGUCUGAUCUCAUUGUCUAUGAGGUCAUAUCACUUGUUCAGGCUGGGAAAAAUCUCCAGUUUAAUGUGAUGUUUAAGUCUGGCAGUUUUACAAAGCGUAGUGCAUUCCUGAAAGAUGCAUAUUUUGUAGCACAGCUUGAGAAACACCGCACUGCUUUUGAAGACAGCUUUCAGCAUGUGUUUAACCUCAGAGAACAUGGUAUUCACAAUGAGAGCUUGCUUUCAUUUGGGAAAGCUGCUUUGAGCAAUAUGCUUGGAAGUAUAGGGUACUUCUAUGGCUCUUCCAGGGUUAUCAGUCACUAUAACAAGCAGCCAGUGCCCUAUUGGAAAGCUCCCUUGUACACUGGGGUCCCAUCUCGUAGUUUCUUUCCUCGAGGCUUCCUGUGGGAUGAAGGGUUUCACAACCUUCUGAUAGCCCAAUAUAAUAAGGAGAUGACCAAAGACAUAAUGUCUCAUUGGUUUGACCUCAUGAAUGUGGAGGGUUGGAUCCCUCGAGAGCAGAUUCUUGGGAAAGAAGCAAGGCAGCGUACUCCUGAACCUUUCAUUGUGCAGCAUAAUACCAAUGCCAAUCCCCCAGCUUUUCUACUCACUGUUGAGUAUUUGCUGAAGGAGUGGAAAGAUUCAUUGACAACACAAGAUGCUGCAUUUCUUCAGCGUCUCUGGCCUCGACUUGUGGCAUGGUACAACUGGUUCAACACAACUCAAGGUGGAAAUGUCCCUGGAUCCUAUAGAUGGAGAGGGAGGUUUCCAUAUUCAGAGCAUGAGCUGAAUCCAAAAACAUUAACUUCUGGGUUUGAUGAUUAUCCCCGUGCAUCCCAUCCUGAUGAGCACGAGAGACACCUUGACCUUCAUUGCUGGAUGGCUUUCAGUUCUAAGGUCCUUUCUGAUCUGGCUGACCUCAUUGGAGAGGACUCAUCUCGAUUCCAGGGCACUUAUCAUUACCUCCGUGACUCCAAGCUCCUGGAUUCCUUGUAUUGGUCUGAUGAGUAUGGUGCAUUUACAGACUAUGGGAUGCACAGUGAGAAUGUACAACUGCAGAAACCACCACUCCCUUAUAAGAACCCAAAUCCAGAUCGAGUUCGUGUCACCCUGGAGCCAGCUAAACUAACUCAUGUGAACUUUUUUGGCUACUUGAACCUGUUUCCAUUUUUUCUUCAUCUUAUUGAGCCAAACUCCCCCCGGUUGAAAAAGAUUCUUGAUGACCUCCCUAAUCCAUCUCUCCUCUGGACCAAGCAUGGUUUGAGAUCUUUGGCUAAAAGCUCAAAUUUCUACCAGAGGAAAAAUACAGAUCAUGAUCCUCCAUAUUGGAGGGGUGAUAUUUGGAUGAACAUGAACUUUUUAGCUUUAAGAGCUUUACAUCACUAUGCAAAUGUGCCAGGCCCAUACAAAAGCCAAGCCCAAGAGCUCUACAGCAAGCUCCGAAUGAAUGUGAUAGAAACUAUCUACAAUGAAUAUCUUCGCACAGGAUACUUCUGGGAGCGGUACAGUGACAAAACUGGCCAGGGAAAAGGCUGUAGUCCAUUCAAUGGUUGGACAUCUCUAGUCUUGCUG